AUGAAAAAAGAAGUGGAGUUUAAGAAAAACUUGGUGAUUUAUCGCCAGGCUCGAGAUUCAAUGGAACGAGCCAUGAAUUUCAUGCAAAAUUUCGACCCGGAUACGCAAGUUGAGCAAGCUUUAGCUCGGAAAAAUGCUCUUGAGAGUAAUUAUAAGAAAUUUUGCCAAGCCUCAUUGAAUCUUGAGAGCCUUGAGGAGGAGGAAAAUACUGGGACAGAUUUCGCAAAGGAUAUGCCUGCUUUCGAAGAGGAUUACUUCACGCUUAAAGCGUUUUACGCAUCGCUAGAGGUACCCCGCACGCCAGCACCAUUGUCAGGUUCAUCGGGUCAUUCUUUUCGGGCCCUGAAGUUGCCGGAUAUUAAACUGCCGGAAUUCAGUGGCAGUAUUUUACGGUGGUUUUCUUACUACGACACGUUCGAUUCGCUAGUGCACAACAAUGCAGACUUGUCAGAUGUGCAGAAGUUUCACUACCUCAAGUCGACUCUUCGAAGAGAGGCACUGAAACUUGUUGAGAAAAUGUCUGUCACGGGUAACAACUAUUCGGUGGCGCUGAAAAUGUUGACUGAUCGGUACCAGAACUUGAACAUCCUGGUACGCAGUCACAUUGAGGCGUUGUUCAAAGUGGAGAAGGUGCGCAAGGAAUGUCCACGGGAAUUGACAAGUUUGGUCGGCGACUUCGAGAACAACUUAGGAGUUUUGGAGAAGCUGGGCGAGAACACGAAAGGCUGGAGUUCACUUCUGGUGCACAUGGUGUCAGCGCGGCUGGAUCACAACACGCCUCGCGAGUGGCAGCGAGCAGCGGAUAAAAAAAAGAUGCCGACGUACGACGAGCUGAUCAAGUUUAUCCGUGAGUACGUGAUGGAGCUAGAGACGUUGCAGUCCGAUCGACCAGUGCGUGACUCCAGACCCAAUCUCCAGAGCGUGAAUGCUGCUACCGAGGUCAAAUCCAACGACAACUGUGCGGCGUGCGGGAAGGGACAUCGUUUGUAUUUCUGCGAGCAGUUCAAACACAUGUCAGUUACUCAACGUGCUGCGGUCGUGAAAAAAUCUGGAUUGUGUGUCAACUGCCUCUUUGGAAAGCAUUCGUUCGCUACCUGCAAGUACGGAGCCUGCCGAGUAUGCGGAACCAAGCAUCACACGCUACUACACAAUCCAGAUGUGGAUAAAGCAAGAGGAUCUGGUACAAAUCAAGUUCCGAAGCAGCCUUCCGUUUCCAAUUUCGCUGGUGUCGAUAGUUCGCUUCCUGUUCCUGUUCCUCUCAGCCUCUCCGCCAAUACGCACUCGGGGACCAAACGUCUCGACCUCUCCCCUUCGAACCAAGUAUUUCUCGCCACUGCUGUUGUCAAAGUCCUCGGUCCUAAGGGUACUUCGUUCUUCGCUCGAGUUCUGCUUGAUAGCGCUUCGCAGCCGAAUCUCAUGACUGAAAGGUUUCGUCGUCUUCUGAAUUCGCGGAAGACUCCAGGGAACACAGAGAUUGCUGGCAUUGGUGGAAAUAUUUCUGCAGUUUCGCUGUUUUCGACUGUCGCUACGGUUGCCUCACGGUUCAACAACUUCCGAGUUCCGCUUGAGUUUAUUGUGAUGGAUAAGGUGACCAGCGAUCUUCCAACUUGCACCAUCGAUGUUAACGACUGGGCCAUUCCGGAGAACAUUCGUCUCGCCGAUCCAUCGUUUGCUACGCGUGGUCCCAUCGAUAUGGUGAUUGGUGCACGGGUUUUCUUCGAGCUCUUGCAAAGCGGUCACUCCAAACUUGGCGACGGAAAACCGAUGCUCCAGAAUUCGGUGUUUGGUUGGCUCGUAUCCGGUUUUCACGACAGCGGUUCCAAUGCUGAUGAAGUUCGGGUCCAUUGUAACCUGUCGACGUUCCACGAUCUUGAGCAGAGCGUUAGCAGAUUUUGGGAGCUUGAAAUGUGCCAGACAAAUUCUACGUUGUCAGUUGAGGAGCGCCUUUGUGAGAACCACUUCGAAUCAACAACUCGCAGGGAUGAUUCCGGACGUUACAUCGUUAGCCUACCCAAAAAACCGGAACUUAUUGGUCAGCUGGGAAAUUCGCGUGCUAUUGCCACUCGUCGAUUCUACUGCCUCGAAAAACGUCUUGAGCAGAAUUCCGAUCUCAAGGCACAAUAUUCCUCGUUCAUGUCCGAAUAUCUUGCGCUUGGACAUAUGAAAUUGGUUGAUGCUGUCGAGGAUGCUCCGGGUCGCCAUUUCUAUUUGCCACAUCAUGCUGUUUUUAAGCCGGACAGUUCUUCUACGAAGCUGCGAGUAGUGUUCGACGGUUCCUGCAAAACCACUUCGGGUUUUAGCCUCAACGAUUUGCUGCUGAAGGGUCCAACUGUUCAGGAUGACAUGAUUUCGAUCAUUCUACGGUUUCGGAUGCAUCCUGUUGUCGUAACAGCUGACGUGACGAAAAUGUACCGCCAAAUCUGGGUAGCAGAGGAAGAUCGGGCUUAUCAGCGGAUUCUCUGGCGUGAAUCUUCUUCGGAACCACUUCGUACGUACGAGCUCACGACGGUCACCUAUGGCACCACCACCGCACCGUACCUAGCAACACGAUGUCUGCAGCAAAUAGCCGACGAUGAAGCCCAGAAUUUUCCGAAAGCAGGUCCCGUAGUCAAACAAGGUUUCUACGUUGACGACGUUAUGCGUGGGUUCGAUACAGUGGAGGAAGCAGUCACAGCUAUACGAGAAACGUCUCUGAUGCUGAAUUCCUGUGGUUUUCCUCUCUGUAAAUACGCAUCCAAUGUUCCAGAAGUAGUUGAGCAGUUUCCAGCAGAGCUUCGAGAACAGGCCUCCGUUUUGGAACUUGAUCGUUCGUCUCCAAUCAAAGCACUCGGCUUAUUUUGGAAGCUUACCUCCGAUGAGCUUCUGUUCAAAGUUCCUGAAUGGCCAGACGUCCCUUCGACCAAGCGAAAUAUCCUGUCGCAUAUCUGCAGCUUGUUCGAUCCGCUUGGGUUAGUUGGUCCGGUGAUUGUUCGUGCGAAAAUGCUGAUCCAGCUCCUUUGGGAAAUGCAGUUAGGCUGGGAUGAUCCGGUUCCCACAAGUAUUUCCGACCAGUGGAUGGAGAUAUCUUCGCAGCUCCUGAUUUUGUCGCAGCUUUCGAUUCCUCGCUUCGUGUUGACGGAGAAGCUAGCCACUUUAGAGCUUCAUGGGUUUGCUGAUGCUUCGCUGCGUGCAUACGGUGCCUGCAUCUACCUUCGUUCGAUAUCCGCAUCGGGUGCAGUCACUGUCCGCCUGAUGACAGCAAAAUCCAGGGUUGCCCCAACUGAGAAGCGUAGACCUACCCUCGCACGUCUGGAGUUGUGUGCUAGUCUUCGUUUGGCUAAUCUACAGAAUCAACUGCUGGAGAGCCUUCAACUCCAAUGUCCCCGGUUUCUGUGGUCAGAUUCUACAAUCACACUGCACUGGAUUUCGCGCGAUCCAUCGAAUUGGAAUUCCUUCGUCGCCAAUCGGGUAUCGCAGAUUCAGCAGUUAACUGAGACCGCUACGUGGCUGCAUGUGCCUACUGAAGACAAUCCGGCUGACCACAUUUCGCGUGGUUUGACUCCAGAAUCCAUCGUUGGCAAUGAAUUGUGGUGGAAUGGUCCAAAAUGGCUGCUUCGUCCUCCUCAACAUUGGCCUGCGUCCGCGUAUUCCUGGAAAACCCAGUCGCCGCCAGAAGUAGACACCGAGAAAAGGAAAUCCGUUCCUAUUUCCGCAGUUUGCACUCACCAAGAGUCCUGGACCCGAGAAACGUUGUGCUAUUUUGAUAGCUACUAUCGCCUACUUCGAAUCAUCGCCCUUUGCAAGCGUUUCAUGAAUAACUGUAAGUUAUUGGAACAUGCACGCACCGUAGGAUUUCUGGUACCUUCCGAGAUUCGUUCGGCAGAGUUGUCACUUCUGCAAUGCGUGCAGCUCGAAGAGUUCGCUGAAGAUCACAAACGUUUACGGCAAGGCUCGACCGUUUCGCAGAAAUCUCCGUUGCUGAAACUUCGCCCGUUCAUGGACCAAAAUGAACAGUUGAUUCGUGUGGGAGGUCGCCUCAAAAACGCUCCAAUUCCAUUCGACCGAAAGUAUCCGUUUCUCAUUCCGAAGAAGCAUUUCAUCACGGAUCUUAUCUUCCUCGACGCCCAUGAAGAAACGCUUCACGCUGGACCUUCGCAUCUAUUGGCAGCAGUUCGUCGUCGUUACUGGCCAAUAGAUGGUCCAAAUAAAGCCCGUAAUACAGUCCACCAAUGCAUCGUCUGUUUCCGCAACAAACCGAGAUUCGCUCAGCAAGUUAUGGCACAUCUUCCUGCUGUACGCGUUACACCAUCGCUUCCAUUCACUAGCACCGGAGUCGAUUUCAUGGGUCCAGUGUACUUGAAACCACCUCGCAAACAGGGCCCAAUCAAAUCCUACAUUUGCGUCUUCGUUUGCAUGGUUACCAAGGCCGCACACCUCGAACUGGUAAUGAGCCUUACAUCCGACGCUUUCAUCGCAGCGCUGAAACGGUUCUGCUCCCGGAGACGACGUCCAUCAGAAAUUUACUGCGACAACGCUACGAAUUUCGUCGGCGCAAAGAACCAGCUGGAAGAACUUCGUGUUCUCUUCCUGUCGCAACGGCAUCAGUCCGAGAUUGCCAGAACAACAGCUCGAAUGGGAAUCGCUUUCCAUUUCAUCCCACCACGCUCACCCACCUUUGGAGGGUUGUGGGAAGCUUGCGUCAAGUCCGUGAAACAUCACCUACAUCGCGUGACUCUUGAUGUCCUUCAGACGCAAGAGGAAAUGACCACUACGGUCGCACAAAUCGAAGCGUGCCUCAACUCCCGGCCGCUUACUCCCCGUUCCAACGAUCCUACAGACCUCGAGGCCCUAACUCCAGGCCAUUUCCUAAUCGGUGGUCCAAUCCUAGCUCUUCCCGAACCAAACCUUACCUCGCUACCCUCCAAUCACCUGUCCCGCUGGCAAGACCAACAGCGUGUUCUCCAAACGCUUUGGGAUCGCUGGUACGUCGAAUACUUGCCCACUCUACAGCGUCUCCAAAAAUGGCCCGGUAAACACCCGAAUCUAGCCGUCGGUGACAUGGUUCUGGUCGAAGACAACAACUUGCCUCCUACGAAAUGGCCCAUCGCUCGAGUCCUGAAGACGAUUGUUGGCGACGAUGCGUGUGGCAGAGUUGCAGACGUGCUGUGUGAUGGAAACCAAAUCCGCCGUUGCUCAAUCCGCAAAAUGUGCCCGCUCCCACAUUGUGAAGCCUCCACAGUCACGGAAUCCGAGCGUCAGCCUUCCGCUCCGAGCUGCACUCCCCAACCAUCUCCCACAAUUGAUCUUCAGGCUCCAUCCACACUUCCGGCCGCUGCUCAACUUUUGGCUCCGAACAGCGAGAUUGGUUCCGACUACGACAACGACGAGUAA